UUCACCUACAACCCUCAGCCAGAGCAGCGACGCUUCCAACAGGACAGAUCUAAGGUGACGGCAUGGCCUUGAACAUAUCCAGGAUUUUUACUCGUCUGGUUGCCAUCUCACUUGGAAUUGUCAUUUUUGUUCUUUUUCAAGAUAAUUUCACAGUGAACAAAUGGACCACUUUCUCUGAGAACCUUGAGACCAUCGCCUCAAAACAAGAUUAUGAGGAAAACCCUGCCGGACACACCACUUUAAAUAUCGCACAUCUUACCGAAUCCGUCACCUCAGCGCCUACCACGGACUUUGAAAGCACGACAGAAAUCACAUCAACACCCGCCGUCGUCCCAGAGACUCCGAUGCCCAUCCUCUUUGUAGCCAACUUCUCCAAACUUCCCGUGUGGGAUUUCGAGGAUAUUUAUAACCAGGAUGCCACACCCGGAAACAGAAAGUGCCAACAGUCUUUGCGGAACUCCAAGGACGAGAGCUUCAAAAAGGCUUUCCUUCCCAACGUACGCUUGUUCGUGCACAAGGACAGCAUCAACAUGAGCGAGUGGAACAGACUGUCCCAUUUCAACAAUCCGUUUGGCUUCAUGGGAUACGCUUAUGAUGACGUCAUGUCCUCAGUCAACUUGAUCCCCAAGCCAAAGGAGCCCCUCCUCUCUCCAAAGGUUGGCGGCGACGGUUGCAUCCGUUGCGCUGUGGUGGGAAAUGCCGGCAUCCUGAACGGCUCCAAUAUGGGGAAAGAAAUCGACGCGCACGAUCACGUGUUUCGGAUGAAUGGCGCGGUCGUCCAGGGGUACGAGGAGGACGUGGGGAACAAAACAACAGUUUACGUCCACACGGCUCACUCCAUCACCACGUCUUUGUAUCUGUUCAAGAAAUACGGCUACAAAUCGGCCCCCCACGACGAGGGCAUCAAAUAUGUGAUGAUUCCAGAGGGCAUGAGGGACUUUCAGUGGCUCCAAGGACUCAUCAAAGGACAGAGAGUGGAGUCCGGCCAGUACAAAAACACACGGCCUCGGACGUAUUACACGGGGCAGUACAACGAGAGUCGUUUUUACGUCCUGCACCAGGACUUUCUGCGAUAUGUGCGCAACAGGUUCCUGAGAUCUCCUAACCUGAAUAAAACUUACUGGGCAAUAGUCCGACCAACCAACGGUGCUUUUACGGUCUUCUUGGCUCUUCACACAUGUGAUAUAGUUGACGCAUACGGCUUCAUGACGAGAGACUACGCUCAGUACUCCAACUACUAUUACGAGAAGCAUGACAAGAGCCGGGUGAUUUUCUACGCAAAUCACGACUACAUUCUGGAGAUGAAGACCUGGGAGAAGCUUCACAACAGCAAAAUCAUGCGUCUGUAUCAAAGCAGUGACAAGGAACCACCUAAAAAGGAACAACAAUAACAACAACAUAAUAAGUGGGGAUAUUUAGGACGGAUUCAUUUGCGUAAGACUCAUUUGUCAUGGGGGUCUUCGAACAUUCACAAUAUAUAAUAAUCACGCACAAGUCUCACCUAACAUUUGCUGUUUUAAACGAUUGAAUGGAGCGUGAGGGUAUUGCGGGGAGGAGCUAACGGCGAUGAUGACGCCACCAACACGAAAAUCCUGACAUCCCAGCAUGCUUUGCGACACAAGAACUAUUUUUUUUAAAAAAGGAUUUAUACUCGUUUAGUAAUACUUUUUUUCCAUAGAUUUGAUUUACUUAUCUUAUUUAAAAGUUGUUGUCUUUAUUUUGAUGUUUUGCGGGAGUUUUGAAUUUUUGUUGUUGUUACACCGCUAGUUUAAGUCGUACCACUUACGAUGACUUGCCUGUUGCUUCAAUGAAGUGGCAGUACACUCUUGUUUCUCUUCAGAUCGCAUAAAUCUUUCGCCUUUUACUAAAGAUUUCCGUGGGGAGGAACAUCAAGAGUCUUAUCCAAUUUUUUGAUGCCCUGCUAACGCGGGGCUU